AUGAUGAGUAAUAAUGCACAAGGUCAUAUGAGACUGCUUAAAUCGCUAUUCUUUUCACAUUUUGUCAACUCCUUAUCAGUUUGUGUCUUCAUCGAGACUCGCUGGUGCUGUAAGAAUUCAUUGCACUUGAUUGAUGCGAUGACACCACUAUUCAUUUUCACAUUUCUAUUGAUUGUUGAAUCGUCAACAAUCGGGAAAAAAGUCAAAGUUCCGGACAACGAUCCCGCUUUGCAGAAUCUAAUCUAUAGGAGUGCCUUGCUAAGUUCAAAUGGACAAAUUCAAGAUACUGUAUGGUGGGUUCCAAAUGGUGAAAGCUACCAAGCUACAAAAGUCAGUGUUCCCAAUGGGGGAAAGCUUUACUCAACCUAUAGUUUUCAUAUGGUCUUAGUGAAAAGUUCAUGUGAUGUCAAGAAAGUGCCUGUCUCGUCUCUACGAAGCUGUAAGCCACUGCCACGCUCACCUCAAGUUCUUUGCCAAGUUGCUCUUGCCUGGAAUGAGAACGAUUGGAACUCUAUCGAAAUAGAGAAUUAUUGUGCACGAAAAUAAUCUAGAAUAAAAAUUCGAACAA